UAAUUAGUCAAUAUUUUUAACAAAAAGAGAUAUGUCUGACCCAGCUCCAGCUACUGAACCAAAGAAGGAGGAAACUCCAGAGCAGAAAGAAACUCCAGAGACUCCAUCCACCACCACCGCCGAAGAAUCUAAGAAAGAAGAAGUUGAGUAUGGAGAAGAGGAAUCAAAAGAUGUGAUCGAGAACAAAGAUAACCUUGUUACUGGAACUGAAGAUGAAGAUCUUAUCUGGAUCAAUAAGGGAAAGCUGUAUAGAUUCAGAGAUGCCAAGUGGAAAGAAAGAGGCAAUGGAUAUUGCAAACUUCUCAGACACAAAGAGACCAAGAAGAUUCGCUUCUUACUGAGAACUGAGAAAACCAAGAAAGUGUCCGCUAAUUUCUACGUAGCCGACUCUCCAUCCUGAGACUUAAAGCCCAAGACCGGAAACGACAAGUCUUGGCUCUUCGUGGCUAGUGACCACAGCGAAGGCGAAAUGAUCAACGAGAAAUUCGCAAUUAUGUUCAAGAGCAAGGAAGAGGCUGAGGACUUCCAGGAGCACUUCAACAAAGCAAAGGAGUUCAACAAGAAGAACGACGCUGGUGAGACUGAGUUGGAGAUGGCUCCAGUUGUUGAGGAUAUCAAGGAAGAAGCCGAACAGGAUGAUGAGAACAAGCCAGCUGAGACAUCUUAGAAAUUAAUGCAGUCGAAAACUCUCAUAUUGAC